AUGUCACAAGCUCGACUACCACCUCCCCCUCCACCACAAUGGGUUGUGUCAUUGAAUUCCCCGAUGCCACGCCCCUCGAAGGCAGCAUCUAGCAUCCCGGACCCGCCAGGCUUCUCUAGCACUCGGGGCAAGCAGCGCCAGCAACAGCAGCAACAAGCUACCACAAAGAAACCCGCCGAUACCGACGUGCUUAAAAUGAAGAAAGCGUGGGAAGUCGCCAUCGGCCCGUCUAAGCAAAUCCCUAUGAACGCCAUUAUGAUGUACAUGUCCGGCAAUAGUCUUCAGAUCUUCAGUAUCAUGAUGGUCAUGAUGCUGUUCAAGGGCCCCAUCCAGGGCUUGAUCAAUACCAAUGCGGCCUUCGCCAAGUACGAUACUCCAUCCACACAUUCGCGUCUGCUUGGGGUGAAGGUGGUCUACAUGUUGAUGCAGCUGGUAUUACUGGGGCUGGGUAUUUGGAAGGUUAACGCAAUGGGUCUAUUGCCGACUACAAGAUCGGAUUGGCUAGCUUGGGAAUCCGAACGACAACCUUUGGAGCGGGCUCAUUUUGCUUUCAGAUGA